CGGCGCCACCCGACUUCCCCCGAUAGCCCCCCUUCGCCCUAGGUUUCUCAUUCUGGGUCCUGCCCGCCGAUGCCGCUGCUCAUCCUGUCAGACGCUCGCAAGCAGCAAGCAGAUCAGCACAGCCGCCUCGUCAGCCUGGCUUUGCCAUCCCACCUUUUAGAUAUCUAGCUUAGCCUUCAUUCCUCUGUGCGGAGAUACCCGGGGCAUCGCAAGUCCAUGAGCGAAGGUCAGAGGGGGGGGGCACGUCCAUGUGCGUCGGGAUAGCCAAUCAAAUCCGAACCAGCAAGAAGUAGUAGUAGCCAGCCAGGAGUGGCAGCAGCCGAAGUGGAAGAGGGUUUCUUGUUUUGCUCUUUCCGUGUUUGUUUACAGUGCACGCCAUGUCGUCGGCGUCGUUCUCUGCGUUGUGAGGAACCUUGAUCCCUGUUGCCGAGAGUUUGUGGAGGUGUGUGUGAGAGGUGAAGGGUGCGUUAUUCGACCUAGUCCGGAUUAGGGGUGUGGACGGAGAAGUGAAGUUAGUUAUCCACGCGACGCGAGGGUUUCGAAAUCCUGGGAUAAUUGUUGUUUGUUUGGGGUUGGUAAAGUGGAAGUGAAGGGCAGUGCAGUUGCAAGCCGAGGAUUAUCGUCAAUACUUCCAGCGGGACUGUGAGUGUGGAGCGAGAUCUGAUUCUGUGGGCUGUUUUCAAGGGUUACGUGGCACGUCUUGUUCGGAGUUCUCUGAAGGAACUUGUGUCGGGGUGAGGCAAAAUUUCUGGGGUUUUGUUUCGUUCGGCGGAUUAGAUAACCGAAGGACUGAUGGUUGCUUGCAGCACCCAUGCGCAGUAAUCCCCGACGUAUCUCUGUCAUGUUAAGGUUUGCUGGAUCUUCGGAUGCGUAGGGUAGAGUGAUUUUUUGGAGGGAAGAUUUCAUGGAAGUGGGCAAGCCGAGAAGGCGUCAAAAUCCACUGGUUGGCUUGCUGGAAUUUCCGAGGACCAGCAUGAUGAUUUAAAGGAGAGCAGGGACAGGGGAAGCGAUUUCUGUAUAUGCCGUGCUCUCAAUUUUAGGAGGGCUAAUGAAUGUCCAUGUAGGAGACACAGAGGAGGGUAGAGGUUCAGGAACAGCAGUUAGAAGCCGCCCAGGAAACGGCGAAUCAAAGCAGAACGCGGUCGUUCUCAGUUUCAUUCUUUCUGUCGCGAAUGCCACCUGCAGGUGAGGCUUUUGCCGAGAGUAGUGGAUGUUUCAGAACUCGCCGCAAGGACUGUUAUGGAAGACAGAGCCCCCGGUGUUUGAUGAAGUUCAGAUUUCGUACCUUUCACUCUAUUAGACAGUCGUUUCCUACCAGCGCGCACUUCGAUUAUCAAGUUAUUUCCCAGCGUAAUCACUGUGGGCUGUGGAAACACAAGAACCUCUUUGGAACUUUAGAACGUCAGUUGCACUUGUUUGUUUUUGACUAGUAGUUAUCCGUGUUCUAAUUUUGUGUAUAGUUUCUCUCGUCACCUGGUUCUCUUUGAAUGUCGAGGAUGGCCAUCAGGUAUCAAUGCUGGGAGGUGAGUGGACCAACUGUCAGCUACAAGCUCCCGCAUGGUCAAACUCACGGCCUCGUUGCACCUCAGUAUGCAAGUGACGGGUCGACAUUACGGCGUCACUCCAACUCCCCGCACGAAAGUUCUUUUCCACAUUUUGCGAUGUAUCUGCAACCUCAAAGCGAUCUGAAGGGUCAAUCUCUUGCGACACACCCGAAGGAUGUGUCAGCCGUGGCCAAUGUCAGAUUAGUGACGCCGCCCCAUAAUCAGUUCUCUCCUACCUCCUCCUCUCCCAUCGCGUCUCCGAAGACGUUUGAUCUCGUGUCGGAGGCUUGCAUUAAUAUCCCAACCAAGGAACCGGCAGUUUCAGAGACACUUGCGACUACUAGCUCCGUCACCACUGAGUCUGAGGUGAAAAUUUGCAAAUUGGGUUCUUUCGUGACCUCGACCGAUGGUCUAUGUGAGGCCCAGAGCAGUAGGUUAGAAGGAAUUUCUGCGAGCCCAUCGUCCGGUUAUCUGUCGAGAUUUGAUGGUUAUCAUCUCGGUCAUCGAGAUUUGAGAGCGAAGCUGCCCAGCAGCAAACCGGGGGUUGUGGAACGCGUUCUUCCUCUCAACGGUGGAUAUCUUACCGGAGGGUAUGCUCAUUGCCCACCCAGCAACGACGAUCUGCCUGCAAAUUCUUCAGAGUCCUCUUCGUCGAUCUGUCAAGCUAGUGAAGACAGCAGCGCGUGCACUUCAGAGGAUGCCGGGAGUGAGGAGGCUCAGUCAGCAUAUCGUGGCCCCUUGAAUUCGUCCCUAGCAGCCUUGGACGAGUCUCUUCCUAUCAAGAGACCUGGCUUAUCGAAAUUCUUUGGUGGCAAAUCCCGUUCGUUCUCUUCUCUUGCUGAAGUAUCCAGUGUGGCCGAUUUGGCGAAACCCAACAAUCCGUACGCAUACAUCAAGCGACGGAAGAUGGGGUUGAACUGUCCAUUAGAUCGUCACAGAUCAUAUCCACCUCCGACACGGUCCUCUGGUGCUAGCAUUGCGAAGAAGUUACCGAGCAGUAGCAGCAAAAGCUCGCUUGCAGUGGCGGUGCUGCUCGAGCAGCAAGAACAGCAUGAUCAUCAGGAACAUAAAGAACAGCGAGAGCAGCAGCAACAAGAGCAGCGGGCACAAGAGUCGCAGCAGCAAGAGCAGUUGUUGGCUGCAGCACCAAGUUCCAUGCGGAGGUCAGAUGCCAGGGUCUUUCCAUCCCGGUCUUUCUCACUCACCGAUUUACAUGCAAGCGGCAGUCCACCACUUCGUCGAGCCUUUGUGAGACCGUGAAUACCGCUCAAAUAAGUGAUGUUUUUUCUAUAUUUGUAGUGGACGAGAUUUUCCUGACACGCCACUUGUUAAGGAUCACCUCUCCAUCGACUGGGCCGGGACAUUCAAUUGUUCCCUGUUGGGAGUGGAACAGGAUGUCAGACAUGCUCGUUGAUCUCCAAGACAAUGACAUAUAGCAAAUUAAACAAGCGACAGCGUGUUCUGCUUAGGAUGGAGAGUACUGCUGCCCUGGGUAGCGUGCUCUCAAGUGAUUUCAAGUGAUCCAGCAAAUGAUUCUGAAACGGGUUAAAGAAAGCUGGACACAUUGAGAUGGCCUGAUGAGCUGCCUCUGGCUCCCAUUUAAGGGGACUGUAAUGACGAUUACGGAGGUAUUUUGGCGUGACAUUACAGACGUCAAUCUCAGUUGAAGUGAGGGAGUCAAUUCGACUUACACACAUCAGAGACUCCUUCACGGAAAGUAUAUGCUCAACUGCCAAGAAGUAUGGCGGUGGAUGAUAGUUUCAUGUUGUGAUGAAGGGGAUCUUUAAAUUGGGGUCUUUCUGUCACAGGUGUGCUCGAGUGUUUUACAAUUUAGUUAGGUUUCUUUCUGCUCUGAUUUCUAUCUCCUUCAACCAGUGAUGGUGUUGGAAACUGGUGGUCGGUAGAACAGAAGCAGCAGGAGGGACCCGACCAAGUAUCUGAUCUGUUGAAAGUUAUUAGUCUUCUCCUUGAGGAAGAUACGCAGCAGGCACGGCUUGGAAAAUCCCGCGGGGGAUACUAGAGCCCCAUUUGCCCCUGGAGUGAAUUUGGCUGUGGGAGUCCACCUAUUUAGAGCGUUUACACACAUUGAGUUCAUUUGAUACUCAAUGAGACUCUGCUUGAGAAGUCCGUGCUAUUUGAUCAAAUGCGCAAGGAGGUGGAUGUUGCCGAUGGUGCCGAAGAACAUAAGAUGUCUAGUCAACUCUCUCUCGUUUCAUAUCUUGUAACAUACAUUGACAUUUUCGUGUGGAUCAUCAUUGUAAUGGAAUUAAAGCAAGAUUUUCCGCCACAUUCGUGUCCUUUUGACA